CGGUGCCUGAAAUAGAACGUGGGAAUUAGGUCAGGGGGCAAGAAACCAUGUGACUGUCCUUUAUUAACUUAGAUUUUGGGGAGAGAGCAUUUCCUUCAACAUCUUGAAGCACAUUUUUCUCUGCUGAGUGCUGCUCUCCUGUCUUCAAUUUUUUUUCACGUCUGUGUUCCUCAUGAGGUCAUGAUGAAAAAUUGGCAGAAACCGUUGAUGGAAUUGUUCCGGGUCGUGACCCGUAAUGAGGCGGGAAUUGGUUGGCGUGACGUCACUCACCGCAACCUGACAAUGGAGUCCACGAAUGGCGUACUUAAUUGUUCCGGCUUUCUACCUGUUUAUCCAGGGGGUUCAUUUCUGCCUUGCAAAAUACAACUUUGCAGUCUUGCGUUAACGGAGAGGGAGUGCACGUAGGUGUGGGAACCACGAGAGGACCAAACAUAUGGCAAAAACAUUGCGCAAAAUGGAUCAACUGAACCUGACAGCGGGAGCCAUCUUGUUUUACAUUUUGCUAAUGAAGAUGACCAAGUUAAUAGGACACAAAAAGGAGGCCCACGCAAAGCUGAGGAGGGGUAGGGGGGAGGAGCUUCCCACUGUGAUGAAGUGGGGGACCGAGGGGGGUCUGCCCUCUGACACGACCUGGUCACAUGAGAGCGGAAGCGCCGAAGGCCCCCGACAGCACAGCAGGCUAAGGUUAUGACCCUGUCAGGCGGGUUGAAGUUGUGCCGAAAGAGAGAAUGAGCAUUUGCAACCGAGAGGGGGGUCAGUGUGCCGAGAUGGCCAUGGUAUGCCUGACAGACUUUGAGGAAUAUGCCAAGGAGCACCUGUCCAAGGCCACGUGGGACUACUAUGCCGCCGGAGCCGACGAGUGCUGCACCCGAGACGACAACCUGCUGGCCUACAAGCGGAUCCGCCUGAGACCUCGCAUCCUACGUGACGUGUCUGUGAGUGACACCAAGACUACAGUGCAGGGUAUGGAGAUCAGCUUCCCGGUGGGCAUCGCCCCAACCGCCUUCCAUUGUCUGGCGUGGCACGAGGGUGAGAUGGCCACAGCAAGAGCCACCGAGGCGCUAAACACGUGUUACAUCACCAGCACGUACUCCACUUGCUCGGUGGAGGAGAUCGUGGCGGCGGCGCCCAACGGCUACCGCUGGUUCCAGCUCUACGUGUACCGCGACCGCAAGCUGUCGGAGCAGAUCGUGCACCGAGUGGAGGCGCUGGGCUUCAAGGCCCUGGUGCUGACCGUCGACGUGCCCUACACGGGCAAGCGGCGCAACGACAUCCGUAACCAGUUCAAGCUGCCGCCGCAUCUCAAGGUCAAGAACUUUGACGGUGUCUUUCAGGAGACGGCAGGCCCAGAGGAGUACGGGAUCCCGGCCAACACUUUGGACCCGUCUAUUAGCUGGAAGGACAUCUACUGGCUGCAGUCCAUCACACGGCUGCCAAUCAUCAUCAAGGGCAUCCUGACCAAGGAGGAUGCCGAGCUGGCGGUGGAACACGGCGUCCAGGGCAUCAUUGUGUCCAACCACGGCGGGAGACAGCUGGAUGGCGGCCCGGCCUCGAUAGACGCCCUAUCUGAGAUCGUGGACACGGUGCAGGGCCGCAUCGAGAUCUACCUGGACGGCGGCAUCCGCACGGGCAGCGAUGUGCUGAAAGCGCUGGCCUUGGGCGCCAAGUGCGUGUUCAUCGGACGCCCGGCAGUGUGGGGCCUCGCGUACAAGGGGGAGGAAGGAGUGAGGGAGGUGCUGCAGAUUCUGAACGACGAGUUCCGCCUGUCGAUGGCGCUAUCGGGUUGCCGCAAUGUGGCGGAAAUCAACCGGAACCUCAUUCAGUUCUCCAGACUGUGAGCGACCUGCCAAAGGCAGGGAGACGUUUUUAACGAAGCCAAAACUUGUUUUUACUGUUUCCAACACAAAAGGGAGGAAAAUCAAAGUGUACACUGAAGCUUUGCACAUAAAACAUGCUCUUUGUGUUUUAAUAAAUGAUGACAAAGUGAUGACAUUCCA